AGUUUCGAUUUGGUUAGUUCUUGUACUUAAUAUGGAAUCAAUCUCAUCUGAACUGACUGAACCACAAACAAAUUCUAAUUCAUUUACCGUUGAUCAAAUAGAAAUUGACAUAUUGCCCACUAUAUAUGAUAUCAUACGAAGUGUUGAAAGAGAUCCACAUGAUAGCGCUGGCAAAACCAGAGAAUCACAAGAUUGCAGUGUGAAGGUAUUAGACUUACAAAAGAAGUUAGAAAAAAUUCGAAGUCAAGUUACUCAGCUACCUGGAAUUGAUUAUAAUAAAGAGGAACAACUUCAAUAUUUAGAAACACUUAGGAAACAAUUAAAACUUAAGCAAGAGCUUUUGCACAAAUACAGGACUAUGUACACAUUUGAUUCAAUGAAAAUAUAAAUUGUUUAAAAUGCCUCUGCGAUCUCUCAUGAAUUAUUUGCUGAAUAACGAACGUUUAGUUCAGAAGUUGUCUGAAUCUUAUCCAGUUCGAAGAGCUGCGCAGUUAGCCAUUUCGCUAAUGUAUAGAUCAAAAUCAAUUUUAGGUGACAACACUGAGAAGCUGG